CAACUAUACACAAAUCACAGUAUAAUAAUUUCAAUUCGCGACCAACUCGUCGAAAUCGCCGUCGAUUGUGCGGAUUCAAUUUUUGAUUAUAGAUAAAAAAAUAUAUAGAUUUAUACUGAUAAGAACGUUACGUUGCUGAUAACGGAACGUUUAUUCUUGCGUCCUGACUCCUGCUAGCAUUAAGAGAAGACUUGCAUAAGUAGUUGAUUCGUCGUCACAAAAUUGUUUUGUUCAUUUUCAAAAUGUUCACAAUAAUUAUUUUGUCGGUCUGGAAUGCUUAGAAAUUCAAACAGUGAAGUCAUCUAGUGCAAUUUAUCGGUCUUGGUGUAUGUCCUCCAACGGAUUGUCGUCAACGGUCAGCUCAACUUUAGCCUUGGAAACGUUAGGGCCAACACUUGGUUUGUCUACUAUUCAUUCUCAUGCUCGUUGAUUGUCCAACACUAUGAGUACCACAUACUACGAUCCAGAUGGUUUACAAAGCGUAAAAAGACGACGUUCGACAAAUUUCCGUGACACAUACUUGCGCAAUCGUGAGUAUGGCUUCCGACCAAAAUACGGUGAUCAAAGUCGAUUGCAUUGUGAAAUGUACACAUCUAUGUAUCCCAUUGCUAAAUGGGAAUACGAUGACGUUUGCACAGAUAUUUCAAAUCCAGGAGGCAUAUUUAAUUUAGAGUUCUCACCAGAUGGAAAAAUUCUAGCAGCUGCUUGCGAAAGAAAAAGUUUUAUGUUAUUCGACCCUGUGACUCAAAAAUUCAUAACCUCAAUAAAGAAAGCACAUAACGAUUGUGUUAAUUGCAUAAAGUUUUUAGACUCUAGAAUGUUAGCGACAUGCAGUGAUGAUACGACAAUCGCACUUUGGGACGUUCGUAAUCUUAGCGAUAGUAUUAAAGUAUUAAGAGGUCAUUCCAAUUGGGUAAAAAGUAUAGAAUAUUCAGUGAAAGACAAUUUACUAGUAUCCAGUGGAUUUGACGGACACAUAUAUACUUGGGGUAUAAAUAGUUAUUCCGAAGAAGGCAGAGUAUGCAAUAAUUCUGUGUUUCACAUUAAUGGACUUAUGCGAAUAAAAAUUCUUCCUGACUCUAGUAAAAUGGUGGUCUGCACAACAGGCGGAUAUAUUUUACUCAUUAAUAAUUUAGACCUUGACACCCUGGGAACAGAUAUUCAAGGGUUCAAACCUAAUAUGUAUCGUCUUAUGCAGCUUAGUAAAACUACUAUUCCUAAUGCUGCUGCUCAUACUCAUAUGUUUUCACGUAAUAAAAACCGCGUUGAAUUCAUUGUAGACUUCCCUAGAAAUGACGAUGCUGAAAUAAUUUCUUCUAUUCAGUUACAUCCCCAAGGUUGGAACGUGUUAAGUCGAAACAUUACUACUGACGAACAGUCUGAAUGGACUUGUGUACACGACAUACAGGACAUUGCUUCCCCCACUGAAGAACAAGAAGAAUCGGAAGAAAUACAUUCUGAAGAAGCUAAUAGAUUGGAACAUUCCUUAGGCGAUGAUCCAAUGGAAGGAAGACUUCACCGACGCACUCAUGUAGUUAUUCCUCGUGAUAUAAAUAGCGGUAGCAGUAUGGUACCUUUUUCUGUAUUGGGACCUAGAGGUAAUCGCCAAGCCGAUCUUUGGGAAGCCAUGAUGCAAAUAAAUGGCACCCGGAUAAGGAGUUUAAGAUUUUUAUCAGAAGGACGAGAGCGGGUGUUAGGGACGUAUUCUGGGGUUCGGAUCGUACGUAGCGCUACAGGCCUGCAAGACCAAGAAGAUUUAGACGAACUAUCUAUGGAAGAAAUGGAUAAUCGACAACCUUCGGAGCGUUUAGUAACAGUUUUAAUAAACCGAAAUGUGCCACCUGACCUUCGAAUGCGUAAUUAUAUAGUAGUGAACCCAAGAACCGAAUCGACAAGACAAUCUAGACGUGAAAAUCCAGAUGCUGUGUUUUUGGUCGGCAAUCGACCACGGCGUAACAGUUAUGUUCUCAAUCGAAUUAACAGAUACCAGGUACCUUUGGACCAUAAGAUACAUAAAAACUCUGAUCGAUUGACACAUUACAUCGAAGAAGCUAAUGUAGGAAAAGGAUUCAUCAAAGAACUAUGCUAUUCAAAUGACGGACGUAUAAUUUGUUCGCCUUUCAGUCAUGGCGUUCGAUUAUUGUCAUUUUCAUCUAAUUGCGAUGAGUUAUCCACGUUGAUGCCUAAAUCUCCCGGUGUUAAAUUACACGAGAUCGGCACAAACGUGUCACAUUCAAACAUCGUCCUAUGCACUAAGUUCUCACCUGUUCAUCCGUUACUUGUAUCGGGUUGUUUAGCUGGCCGUAUAGUUUGGUAUCAACCUAGGCUAUAACACUGGCAGUGAUUUUAUUGGUAAUUUGUAUAUUUGUAUAGAUACUAAACUAUUUGACAUUGAGGCUGAAGCUAAAAUUUUGUUUUUUUAUACUAACAAUAAAACUAAUGCAGUGUUUCUAUGCGUGUGAACUGAAGUACACGUGUAUUUCAAUUUCAUAAAACCUGUUUAUAUUAAUUGAUAAUUUGAGAACAAUUAUUGUAGACUGCAUUUGAUAUGAAUAAUUAUCGAAGAGCACACCUCAGAUCACCAGUAUCAUACAGUAUACGUCACUAUUGUUGAAUUUAUAUUUAAAUUAUAUAUUCUGCUCUUAAUGUUAUGUAAAAUAAAUCAUGUUCAAUAAUCCAACAAACAUUUUAUAGUUUUUGUGUUAUUUUGUUUAUCAAAAUUAAUAUUUUAUAUCGGGACCAUACAAAUAAUAAUUCUAAACAAAUUUAAAACUUAUUAGUUUAUUAAUCACCUUUAGAAAAACUAAAGUUUACAUUUUUAAUAAAAUAGUUUUAUAAAUGUAAAACACUAGUUACCCUUUUAUCAGUCAAUUUUGGCUAUUAAUAAUUAUUGUUUAAUUAAUUAUAGGAUAAUAUACAAUUUGGUCUCCUUAUUCAUAUCUUUUGUAUAACAUCUAGGUUUUAGAAGUAAUUAUUGUGGUAUUGAGGUAAUGAUGUAUUAGUCAGUUCCUAUGGAUAAAAAUAAACCAUAAAAAGAGCUUGAUUUAGAUGUUUUACGCUAAGUAAUAUUACCAUAAAUUUAUAAUAUUAUAAAUAGCCGUUUAUGUUUUAGUAAUGUUCAAUUGUUAUGUGCCUUAAAGAUAAUAUAUAUUUAUAUAUAUACAUAAAUCAAUAUAUGUGUAUAUUUUCUGUAUAUGUAUAGUUUUUAUUAGCUAGGCGAAUAAUUUUUUUGUUUGCGUUCACUAUGAUGUUAAUAAAAUAACCUUUCUAAACCUGAA